AUGUCUCUACGCAUGAUUAGCUUGCUGACAUAUUUACUAAACCUCUCGGGCGUAAAGAGUUUGACGAAUUUUUACCCAAAUUGGGAGUUCUUGAUCUUCACUCUCCAACUUGAGGGGGGCAGGGAGAAAUCUAUUAUUGUCAAUUUAGAGAACAUCAAGGCGAUAGUUACCGCAAACGAAGUGUUGCUGCUGGAUCCUCUCCGCCCUCAAGUACUUUCCCUCAUUGACCAACUAAAGAAACAGUUUCCUCAGAGGAAUGUACCGGAAGGUAUACAAUCUUCGCAAGAAGCUGAAGAGGGCUUUCAGAGUGAGCUUCCAUUUGAAUUUCAGGUCCUCGAGAGUGCAUUCGAGGUUGUCUGCUCUUUCUUUGAUACCAGAGUUACAUCCUUGGAGACAGAAGCUUUGUCUGUUCUUGCUGAACUAAUUGAGAAAGUCACCACGGAGAAUCUUAGCAUCGUACGAAGCUUGAAAAGUAAUUUCACAUGCUUAAUAGCCAGUGUACAAAAGGUGAAAGAUGAAAUUGAACAUUUAUUAGAUGAUGAUAAAGACAUGGCAGAGUUCUACUUAACAAGGAAAGUCAUCCAGAGCCAGCAAGAGGACGUGGAGGAUCUGGAGAUGUUGCUGGAAGCAUAUUUGAUACAAGUGGAGGGAACGCGGAACAAGCUCCAUACAAUGAGGAAAUACAUUGACGACACAGAAGACUACGUGAAGAUAAAACAGAAAGAUAAACGUAACCGCUUGCUUGUGUUUAAGCUGAUGAUAAAUAGAGCUUCUUUUGCAAUAUCUGCAGGGACAUUAGUCGUCAGCUUAUUCGGAAUGAACAUACCGAUUCCGCUGUACAGCACAAAUGGCGUCUUUGGUUACUUGGUGUUGGAUGUUUUUGUGAUGUGCAUUGUGCUUUUCGUGGUUACCUUUGGCAAGGCUGGGUGGAAGAAGCUGCUUUGA